UCUCUUUUGGUAAAAUUUCGUAGUUUUUAGCCUCGACAAGCAGUAGAUUCGUUAAAUAUAAUCUGGUCACACUGACCGUGUUGUUUUCUGAAAAUCAUAGCUGUACAGUGUUCACAACAACUCAAUGAUAACUUUUUUUAUACUUAAACUACGUGGAAUAAUCUCAAAAUACAUUUAAAAAAAAUGAACGUUACGUAAACAAUUAGUGUAUUUAGUUAAAAUGCAAGAGUAAUAAGUAAUAUAUAGUAAAAUAUUGCGUCAUAUUUUGAGUUGAAAAAGUGUCAUCAUAUUUUUUACCUCAAAAAAUCUCUAAAGCAACUAGAUAUUAAGAUAACUACUAUAAAAAUACAAGGAAAUUGUCCGUGGAAAAUCGAAACAAGUGUUUUUAAGGAAUUUUAAUGAUAUUAGACGAUUCUUGGGAUAUGCCUCCUGUUAAGCGCGGGAGACGAGGUGUUAGUGACGCUGAUGACGAGGAUGAUGACUACAGGCGACGUAGGGAUCGCAACAAUGAGGCUGUUAAGAAGAGUAGAUUCAAGUCAAAGCAGAGGACACAGGAAACAUUCACACGAGUAAACAAAUUAAAGGCAGAAAACCAGGUUCUAGAGGAAAAAGUUAAAACACUCACAAAAGACCUUCAAUUUCUCAAGGAUUUAUUUAUGGAGUAUGCAUCCAACUCUCAAGAUCCCAAAUUUGAAGGGAUCGAUCUUGAAAAACUCUUAGAAGACGUCACGGAUGAUAAGAAAGAUGCUAGCAGUAGUAAAGACAUCAAGCAAUAAGUACAUUUUAAAUAGUUUUAAUUAAUAUUAAACAUUUCAAGUGGGUAUAUGAUAUAAGUAGUCUAUAAACAACUAAAAUAUCUGUAAGAAAACACAAAUUUUCAUCAUAAUGCGUCAUCAAAUUAAGCAUAUUUGAAUUUUCUAACUUUUACUUGAGCUAAUUAGUUCUUGAUUUUAUUUUUAACUCAAUUUAAUAUAUAUUUUUGCACAUUACCAUUAAUAUGGACUAUUUAAAAUAUAUUCAUCAGGUUAUACCGGGUGUAUUUGGAACGCUUGAAAAGAUUUAAACCUAAUAAUAUACCAUUUAACCAUUUAUCUCAGAAACGUUUUUUUAAGUACAUUUUAGGACUUAUGUAUUUUGCUAACCCGCAAUGUAUGCAUACACGCUGUGCACUCUCGUUGCUCGCGAGACGCGCGACUAGCGGGCAGCGGCGGAGCGACAGUACAGAACCACUUACAUUUUUUUACAUC